GAGUCUCCUGCCCGCACAGACUCGCCUCUAAAUCGGUUCUCUGUUGUUCGCAGCGCCGCUGAACGGAACUAAAGCUGGAGGAUCGGUACCGAUGGCUGAUCCUCUGCGGAGGACAAUUCUAGCCAAACUCCGGGGCAAGAAAGCCAAAGGGAAGGACGCGAGCACCGCGAACCGACCGAGAGAAGGUAAAGAAAAAGUUUUUCACAGGCAGCGAGAGAGAGAUUAUAUAUCACAUCACAUGAGAGGUAAAGAGAGCGCUGUUAACGCGAUCCGGACGGCGGAUCCGGUGGCCGGUGUCGGGUGUAGCGCGGCCGUGCGGGUAAACAGCAGCCGGGCGGACGUGCGCAGAAGCGGGGGCUCGGGCCCCGGGGGUCCCGCAGGGGUCUCGGAUCAAAGUGAAGUCACGGAGAUGAAGCACUUCCACACGCAGCGGGUCCGCGGAGACUCGAUCGGGUUCGGAAACUGCGAACACGUCCAUUUAAGACCCAGAGGAGAGACUUUAAACGUAACAGAUGGCCAAGAUGCAAAGACUAAACAAACAAAUGUUACGUCACUCCAGCGAAAGGCCGGUUUCAAGUGCGAGCAAAUCGUGUCGAGCAGGGGCCAACCGAACGGGACCCCUCGCGUGUUUGAUUAUAUCGACGGAAAUAUCCACGAUAGCGAUUUAAUCCAGGUUAUAGAGAGUUCACUGGAGUAUCAUGGAGAUUUAAGGAUGCCUACGUUACAAAGUCCGACUUUUUUCCCCACUGAGCUGGAAAUUACCGGGGCCCCUGGGCUGAGAGAUGGGGCCCCUCGACACCACUCUGAGGACAGUGAGGACGACGACUAUUAUGAUAACCAAAUUCUGCCCUUUUUUGAGUCUUACGCUCAAAAUCAGAUGAACGACAAAAACCUUAAUGACACAGAAGCGUUAUCGGUUCAAACGUUAGGGUCAGGAUGUGACAAGAACGCCCAGGAAACCGACAGACUGAAGAUGCAGCUAAAAGAGGCGUAUUGUUUGUUAAUAAACGCCAUGCACGACAUUAGUUUUGACGGUCAGGUUGACGAUAACGGGUUUGUAGAUUCUAGUGAAUCUCACGAUAGCAUUAGCUCACGCUCCACAGCCGAUGCGUGCUUGUCCGAGGAACGCGGCGGUCACCGGGUCUUUGAUUCUGAUUUGGCCUACUUUACGUUUCCUGGAUGCCAUGGGGUGGGUUUCUCAGGGUCUUUGCUGAGCAGGAGCUUGCAAAGUAUUCCCGACGCGAGGGCCAAACUCCAGAGGUCUACGAGUGACAGCGGGGCCAAGUAUUCUUGCGUGCGGCCCUCAAGCGUCCAGAGUUUCGAGGAACCCCUGCGACCUGCGGUUUCAGGGGAUACCGCGCCAUCACGCAAGGAUGCGCUGGCUUGCGAUGCUUCUGCGAUGCUCCUCGAUGGAUCGGUGAGUAAGGAGUUGGUCAACGGCCCUACAGCGCCUUCGGAAAUCGUCCCAGAGCCAGCCACACAUCAGUCCUGCAACGACGCCGCCGUUGCCAAACAUCCCGGCGUCACCGUGAACAAGAUGCAGGAGUGGAUGUUGAAGGGUCGCGUGCUUUCGUCCGAGAUGAAGCAGAGGAUCGCGGGUUCUUCGAUGAGAGCCAAUCGCAGCGUCCAGACGAGACCCAAAACCAGUGGCCAUGCCAACGGUCCGCAAGCGAGCAAACAUGCAGCAGCAGGAGCGCAGCUGCAGUCAGCGCCAAUGGAGUGGGUCCCUGGGUCGUCCGGUGUUGCUCUACAGGAACCCUGCACACGUCAGACCCCCUUCAACCACAUUACCGUCUCCAAGAAACGUAACUGGCUACAACAAAGCUGCGCCCGGCCGUUCCUGCACCCUGAGAAUGCAACAGCACCCCCUGCAGCAGAGGAGGAUCAUACACACCCACAAAUAUACAACAUUGGCCAGCCUUCGAAAGCACCACCUCGACCCCGGCGCCUCCCAUUACCUGCCGCCAGCAUCAAACCCAGUCGAAUCUCGUCCCAGCCGCCACAUCGCCCAGAUCCAGCUGAGGAGAACGAUGCAGACGAUGAAGGAGAGAUCUGGUACAACCCCAUUCCUGAGGAUGAGGAGGGUGCCGUUCCUCACGACGUCCCUGCCAACAGAGAGGCCCAAAUGAAGGUGACCCGCAGGGUGGCCGCUGGACGUACGAAUGGAGGGGCGGCAGACAGACGUCGUGCGAAAGAGGAGUGUGUGGGCGGUGAGGAGAGUUGCAGGGAGACGCCGCAGUCGGGUGUUUUGCAUUCCAACGAAACCUUCCAGCUGCACAGACAGAUGUUUGCGUGCAAGACACAAGAGGAGAGCCUCGCCAUCAGAGCGACAGAUAUGUCAGAGCAGUCCACUGGUGGCCCGUCUCCCUCCUCUAGUCCAAACCCAGCUAAAAGAAGCAACGCUAUAAACUGGUCUUUUCCUGAUAAAAUCAAGUCACCGCGGACUGUCCGAAAACUCUCCAUGAAGAUGAAGAAACUGCCCGAUCUCAGUCGGAAGCUUAGCAUUAAAGGGAACCUCGCUAGCAGUGUGGCCACCAGUAAUGGCCAGUCAGAGCCCAGAGCGAAUGGAAUGGCGGAACUGGGGCAAUCCCGGUCCAGAUUGUCGCCAGCGGGUGUGGCGACUGCACUGGCGAGCGGUAACGUGAUUUGGCGGUACCAUUUGGACAGCAGCGUUUCUACACAACACAACUUCGAUAAAAGGCAGAGCAAUAGUGCCGGCGUACCCAAAUCGGCCAGUAAGGGAGGUUACCUUAGCGAUGGAGACUCACCCGAACUUGUGGCGAAGUCGGGCAAGCAUGGCACGUCGGAAAGAAAGUACAGCAAAGCCCGUGAACAGGAACCUGAAGGGAAUGGUGGAAGCCCAAAGCUUCCCGGUACGGAGCUGGAUAUUGACGCCUUCCGUUCCUACAGUUUUUCCGAGCAGCCGAAGUGUCUAACAUACAUCUCAGGACUUAUGAGUCUGCACUUUUAUGGCGCAGAGGACCUGAAACCGCCUCGGGUGGAUUCCCGCAACGUCUACUGCGCCAUCCAGGUGGACUCCGUCAAUAAGGCUCGAACAGCGCUGUUGACGUGUCGCACAGCCUUCCUGGAUAUGGACCACACAUUCAACAUCGAGUUGGAGAAUGCUCAGCACCUCAAACUCGUUGUGUUUAGCUGGGAGUCAAUGGCGCGGCGAAACCGUGUGUGCUGCCAUGGAACUGUAGUUCUGCCGGUGCUGUUCCGCGUGAGGAAGACGCAUCAGCUCGCGGUUCGUCUGGAGCCACGUGGGAUGAUCUAUGUGAAGCUGAGCCUGAUGGAGCAGAGGCAAAACUCUCUGGAAGGGCCAGAUGGUGACCACGAGUCACAGGUGUUUGGCAUAGGGGCUCGGCGCGUGGUCGAACGGGAGGCGUCUGGACUAAUGGUUCCGCUGCUAAUCGAGAAAUGCAUCACUGAGAUUGAGAGGAGGGGCUGCCAGGUUGUGGGUCUGUAUCGUCUGUGUGGUUCGGCUGCGGUGAAGAAGGAACUGCGAGAAGCAUUUGAGAGAGACAGUCACACCGUCGAGCUUUCAGAAAACAACUACCCAGAUAUUAACGUCAUCACAGGGGUAUUGAAGGACUAUCUCCGUGAGCUUCCUCAUCCGCUCAUUACUAAACAGCUGUACGAGUCAGUUCUGGACUCCAUGGCGAAGAGACCGCUGCAAAUUGGAACCUGCGGCUGUGAGAAUGACCCGGCAGACUCUAAACACGCCGUCAGCUUGCUGGAGAUCCUUCCGGAGGUUGAGAAGGUGACCUUACGGAAGCUCCUGGAUCAUCUGAAGCGUGUGGCGUCUCAUCACGAGGUGAACAAAAUGACGUGUCAGAACCUCGCGGUCUGUUUUGGUCCGGUUCUGCUCAGUCAGCGACAGGAUGCGUCCUCUCACGGGAACCGGGUGUUUAUUGACUCAGAGGAGCUGGCCAGCGCUCUACACUUCAAAAAACACAUUGAGGUUCUUCAUUACCUGCUGCAGCUCUGGCCAGUUGUGGAUGCUCAGGGUAAGUCUCCCCCUUUACCUGCCCCAGGGGAGUCGCUUCCAGCGGUGACGUCAGCUGUGAGAAGAAGGAAGGAGCGUCCGCAGGUGCUGAAUCUAACAGAGGCAGAAAUGGUUGGAGUUUUACGACCUAGAGCAGGCCGCCUGGACAGUCCCAGUAACCGCUACGCUGGGGAUUGGAGCGGCUGCCAGGAGCCAUACCUCCAACUGAGCUGCCCGGAGGAGGCCGAAUAUGAGGGCGUUCCCAGUGAAGAGCCACCGAACGCAGGGCAGGAGGACUUGCCGAAGGGUACUGGAGAUGUGGUCUCCCAACAAGAGCUGACUGAGGAGGACGAGGGAACGGAGAGAGUUGAGGAAAUGCAGAUAGAGGAGGAAGAGAGCGAAGGAGAGGAGAGAGGAGGUUUGGACAGGCUACAAGUAGAGGAAGAACUUCCUGUUAGCCCCUGUGAUCAGAUCCUACCAGAUCACGAAGAGCAUCGACUGAAAGAGCACACCUACCAGGCCUACAUGAAGAUCCAGGAGAUCAGCCCGGUACUGAGCAACAGGGUCAACCUGCGGGACCUGCAGGAGAGCAUUGACACUCUCAUCAGCAACCUGGAGAGAGAACUUAACAAGAACAAGCUAAAUGUUGGGUACUGACAUUGGGUGACUUUACCAGACUGGCUCAACUUGCGAGACCUGCAGGAGGGCAUCAAGAUGCUCUUUGGCAACCUGGGGAGAGAACUCAACAAGAACAAACUCUUUGCCAGACCAGUCAAAAUAGUGGAAAUCUGGUGUUUCUUUGGAGACAACAGUGCUAUGGUCAAUCACUAUGGACAUACUCCAAGACAUUCCUCGGUUUUGUUGAUCUUGUUGUUUUUCUUCUUAUUAGAAGAACCCAUUGAACCCUUUAGGGGUGCACCAGGUGCCUAAGGUGGUGCUGACGAUAUUGAGAGCUUUUAACUUUCUACAAAGGUACAAAUCGUUAUGAUGUAAACCAAUGCACUUACGAGGCCUGUUGUUAGAGGCAUGGCUGGGAGUUCAGGUACACAUAGGUGUGAAGCGUUGAUGUGGGAGAACUAGGUACUACACAUGCUUCCCAGGCCCUUAACCUCAAUCCCUGUGACCUACAGCCUUCCAGAGGGUGCUCAGAACUGUUCCUGGGGGUCUAGAUUCUUUUAGAAUUGAGUUCAAACUAAUCAAGGUGUUGGGAUUUACUUGAAAGUUGAGCAGAUUUUGAACUACACGCUGCUUGAAGAUAGAUCUUCAGGAGUAGAAUUGAGCACUCCUACCCUAAACUCUAUGCCCUAAACCAUACAUUUAGCAAUUUAUGGCCUAAACCAUCAACGUCCUACACCCCAUGACCAGCUCCUUACACGCAACACCCUAUAACCUAAAUCCAAACCUCUAUCUCUGCUACCUACACCCUACCUGAGGGUCAUCAGACCUGUUCUUGGAGGUCUAGAUUUUUGCACAAUUGAGUGAAAACAAAUCAAGUUCUUGGGGUUUACCUGAAAGUUGACCAGGGUUUGAACUACACUCUGCUUGAAGAGAGAGCACUCAUACCCCACACUCUAUGCUCUAAAUCCUAUACAUAUCAACCUACACUCAAAACCCUACACCUACAUUCUGAACCUGGAGCAAGGUGUAGGGUUGCUCCAUGUUCAGACUGGAGCAAGGUAUUAACCCUAACCCUAGAUCCUAAUCCUUACCCUAAUCCUUACCCUACCUUACACCCUAAACCCUACACCCUUUCCUUCAGGGAGCAACUCAUGCUGCUGGUCUGUAGUUUAAAAUGUGAAUGUAGUUGUAUGAGAUUAAAACGGAGACAAUAUGAGUUACUUAGGGAAAAUACUUAAAACUUCCCCCUUAACAAGCUUUGGACAGCUGAAUAUGAAUAUGCUUGUAAUAAUGUAGUUAUUUGUAAAACAAAUAUUUUACAAUAGUUAAGCAGAGCUUUAAAAGGUUUUUAAAAAAAGAUUAAGAAAUGCUAAAAAAAUAACUAUUAAAAUCAACAAGGCUAUUGAAAGCACCUCAACAAUCACGCACGUCUUGGAAAGGACAAAAAUUUAUAGAACAACUUUGAUAUCCUAAAGACUAGGGUAUACUUUGUUUUUCUGCAUGCCGUUCGCUUCAGCCUUUCAAAGUAUACUCUUUUGGACGCUUUAGGGCUUACAGAUGUAUUCACCACAUGCACACUACGACUUUUUGAAUCCCUUUUAGUACAGUGCGCACAUACGUGUACCUUCUGCAUGUCUAGAAAAUUGGGAUGCUUGUGGACAGUCUGUGCGUACUAUGCUGAUGAAUAAAUUUGCGUCAUGCGCACUGUACGUGAGACUUAGCGGCACGCCAAAAACUGAUAUACUUAUCAAACUCCGUUAUGCAUCCUAGCUACAGAUACCAUGUGUGGCGAGGUGAGCAAGUGACAGACACAGUGGGUGUGGCGUCAAGCCUCGCAGAGGCAUAUAUUGGAAAUAAUAAUCAAAAUAACAUGUCCAUAAAGGGGAUAAUAAAGUAUCCAGGGGGAAUAAUGAUCAUAAUAAAGGGAGAAUCUGGCAUCCUCGCGGUGAGACGGGGCUCUGUGAAGGGUGGGGUAGUGUCCAUGGAAUGGCCCAGGCAUGAGCUGGGUCCAUCUGCUGCACACGCUCCCCUCCAGGGUCCACGGCGCGAGGGGCAGUGGUGUCCUUGGCGGCCUGACUUCCUAGGCCCGCAACAGGUGAGAGGGGAAGGCGGCCCGGCCUCUAGCCCGUCGGCCGCGACGUGUGCAGUUCUCCCCCGGCGACUCAUCUAAUCGGUCCGGGGUGGAGGGAGGGGUUUCGAGGAGCAGGUCUGGCGGCGCAUCACCUCGUCCGAACCCUCCCAGUUCUGGUCCUGGGCGUGCGAGGAUGCCAGUGUGUGCACACAUGGAGAUUUGGAGCCGGCUCCCCGAGAAGAGGUGCGCUCUGCGUUUUAAAGGCAGCGGUGGUGAAGCAUUAUUCACAUCAGGUGUGCUUCAUUCACCACUGUCAGAAUGAGGCUUAUUAAUUAUGCACCUCUUCUCACUCUCCUGCCCAACUCCCAUCGUGAGCCUAGCUGAAGAGCGGCCCUAAGAGGCAGGGCAAUGAUGAGGAGCUGGAGGGGCGGGUCAUUCCGCCACACAUGCUAAACAAAAUCUCCCUCUUUUGAUCUUUAUAUUUGUAAAUACAUUAUUUUUCAGCAGUCCAGGGAUACAGACUAAUCAGUAUUUUACAUACACACAUAUGUAUGUACAGUAUGAAUAGAGGCAUAAUAUGUUGUAUAUUCAAUGACAUACACUUCAGUUUGUGCAUUUUUGAAAUGUUCGUCAGCUACCUUAUAAGUAUUUGGCCUGUAGAUCAGCCUGAAAUAAGAAUAUAUAUAAAAACAUUUGUUGAAUCUAUGUAAUAAUAUAACAAAUUCACAGAAUGAGGGGAUUUUGGGUCAAUUUAUAGUUACGAAAGUGCAGUAAAUUUGAGCAUUGCACGGUCAAAAGCUUUACGGUCAAAACGGUUUCUCGGUGUCUCCUAAUGCGGGAUGUAUUUAUACGUGUAGAUAGAGAUUAUUUUAAUUACAGUGAUUUUAUAUAUAUACAUAUAUAUAUAUAUAUAUAUAUAUAUAUAUAUAUAUAUAUAUAUAUAUAUAUAUAUUUGGCAGCUGCUCACAUUUAUGGCAUGGUUGUAAAUUUGCAGUACUUGUGAAAAUAAGACUAUGAGUCUUUCCAUGAGCAAUUUCUGAUUGUGCUUAUCGCUUGACGAUAAUCUCCACAGCUAUAAUAAAGAAGUAUGGACUACAGUCUCAUUUUAAAAGGUCUAUAUAAGGAUUUUUGAGGAUUUGUUAUAGCUGAUCUCAGGGGCGUAGAUUCCAGGGGGGGCCCCAAUAUUUAUACCAUUAUUAAUGGAAACAAGUGAAUGCUUUACGCUGCAACCCCCUCAGUGCUCAUGCAACCCCGCAAAGUUCAUGCAACCCCCCAAUGUUCAAGCCAAAUCUACGCCCUUGGCUGAUCUACAACAAAGAUAAAUGAACCUGAAUAAUGAACUUGGGUUUUCUUUAGAUUUUUCUCAGAUUUUUCCCACACAGAUAAACCCAGCAAAUUAUACCAGUCGAUUAGAGGUCUGUUUGGUUGCCAUGGUCUCAGUUUCGUCAGUCUUAAAGGGGCGGGUCACACUAGAAUGAAUAUGGGCAACACAAUAUGGGGUCUUCUUCCGGGGCUCCAGUUUUAACUAUAUUAUGAAUAAUCAAUAACAUUACAUUCAGAAUGUCUAUUGGAAAAAUGGAAACCACCAAAAUAAGACUUUUAGAUUUUAUAUUGGACAUCAAGCUUUUAUUUUGAUAUGCAAAAUGCAUGAUUGUAUGGUUGCAUUUUAUUUGCAUUCAGCUUGUCUAGUGUGACUUCAUCUUUGCAGUAUUUGAUCUGGUAACUCUUAUUGUGUUGGCCUAUAGUUUCCUUUAAAGUCUGAUUUGGGAUCAGAUACCCUCACUCCACAUCUGACCUCUAUCGUAUAGAGAUCAGGGACAGGACUGAUCCACGAUCAGUUAGAAGGAAACUUUUUACGGUAGAUUUAAAGAUGUGAGCUUCUUAUUGAGAAAGAAAACAUUCCCCUCUCUGUUUGUGUCAGCUGUGGUUUUGUAAUAGUUUGCUUGAUGAAAGUUUGAUUGAGCAGAUAUUCUUUGUACUGAUAUUGAGGAAUGGUCACAUUAAAGUGUAUGUUUCA